UUUCUGUUUUGUAUUGUCCCAUUUGUUCGGGAGGCUCAUAUUUACAUUUUAAGUGGAUCUGGAACCACCACCAAAAAUAGUGCAAAGGCCCCGAGUUGUUGCUUUCUUUAUGCUGCACCUUUCGCCCUAAAAUCAGCGAUGCCCCGCAGGAAGGCGGCGGGGCCGCCGUGGGACGCGGCUCCCGGCGCGGGGCCGGGCCCGGGCGGGCGGCGGCGGCCCGGGGAGGCGGCGGGGGCCCGGCGGCGGCCCCGGCCCGGCGGCGGCAGCAGCGGCGGCAGCAGCGAGGACGAGGCGCCCCGGGAGCGGCGGCCGCGGGACGGCAGCCCCGCCCGCAGGCCCGGCAGGCCCGGCGGGGCCGCGGCGGGGCCCGGCGCGGGCGGAGGGGCCCGCGGGCAGAGCGUGGUGAUCUGCGAGCCCGAGCACAGCAAGGAGCGCAUCAAGCUCGAGGGCUCCAAGAGCCGGGGGCAGCUCCUCAUUUUCGGGGCCACCAACUGGGACUUGAUCGGCCGCAAAGAAGUGCCUAAGCAGCAGGUUGCCUACAGGAACCUGGGCCAGAACUUGUGGGGGCCACACAGGUACGGGUGUCUCUCAGGAAUUCAGGUGCGGAGCGUCGUGUCCGGGCCCUGCGCCGCCCACAGCCUGCUCAUCACCUCCGAGGGCAAGCUCUGGAGCUGGGGUCGCAAUGAAAAAGGGCAGUUGGGUCACGGGGACACGAAGCGCGUGGAGGCCCCGAAGCUCAUCGAGGUUUUGGGGGGAGAAUCCAUCGUGUUGGCAGCCUGUGGGCGCAACCACACCCUGGCACUCACAGAGAGCGGCUCCGUGUUCGCGUUCGGGGAGAAUAAAAUGGGGCAGUUGGGGUUGGGGAACCAGACAGACGCCGUGCCCAGCCCUACCCAGAUCAUGUACAAUGGGCAGCCCAUCACCAAACUGGCCUGUGGAGCUGAGUUCAGCAUGAUCAUGGAUUGCAAAGGAAACCUCUACUCCUUUGGGUGCCCUGAGUACGGGCAGCUGGGGCACAAUUCCGACGGGAAGUUCAUUGCCCGGGCGCAGCGCAUCGAGUACGACUGCGAGCUGGUGCCGCGGCGCGUCGGCAUCUUCAUCGAGAAGACCAAAGAUGGGCAGAUCCUGCCCGUCCCCAACGUGGUGGUGCGGGACGUGGCCUGUGGAGCCAACCACACGCUCGUCCUGGACUCCCAGAAACGCGUUUUCUCCUGGGGCUUUGGGGGUUAUGGGCGCCUGGGCCACGCGGAGCAGAAGGACGAGAUGGUGCCGCGGCUGGUGAAGCUCUUUGACUUCCCGGGCCGUGGAGCCGCCCAGAUCUACGCGGGAUACACCUGCUCCUUCGCCGUCAGCGAGACAGGUGGCUUGUUCUUUUGGGGGGCCACCAACACCUCCCGGGAGUCCACCAUGUACCCCAAGGCCGUGCAGGACCUCUGCGGCUGGAAAAUCCGCAGCCUGGCCUGUGGGAAGAGCAGCAUCAUCGUGGCGGCCGACGAGAGCACCAUCAGCUGGGGGCCCUCCCCCACCUUUGGGGAGCUGGGGUACGGGGACCACAAGCCCAAAUCCUCGACAGCUGCGCAGGAGGUGAAGACCCUGGAUGGGAUCUACACGGAGCAGGUGGCCAUGGGCUAUGCCCACUCCCUGGUCAUCGCCCGGGAUGAAUCGGAUGCGGAGAAGGAGAAGCUGCGGAAGCUCCCCGAGUACAACCCCCGCACCAUCUGAGGGACCCCCAGACCCCCCAGUCCCGCUUUUCCAACCCCGCCGCCAUUCUCAUUCCUUGUUCUCCCGUUCCCAAAACCUUGGGGGGGGUUAUUUCCACUCCCCCCCCGGCUUUUUGAGUUCCCGACCGUAGCAGGAUCUUUUGGCACAUCCAGGCUUGGUUUUGUAGGGUCUUGUUUUUAAUUAUUUGUAUUUUAUUUGUAUUUUUCUGCAUCCUUUUUUUUAUUGUUUCCCAUUUUCCCGGCCACAACUAUCCCCGGCUGCGGGCUCAGGAUCAAACUGGGGAUCUGAUCCCGGCUCGGGAUCCCUUCAGGGCUUCAGGAUCCUUAAAGAGCAGCUGCCAACGCCUCCUUUGGCCCCAGGAUUCCCAUUUUUUUGCCUGUUUUCCCUACUUUAGGUGCUAUAAUUUUUGGGAUAUCCCACACACAGCCCUCCAGCAUCCGGAGGGAUCCAGGACUCGGAUAUCACCACCCCUCCCGCCAGGGCCAACCCCAUUCCCAGCAUCAUUCCGGGGCUCCCCUCCCCUCUGUCGCAGGGAGAUCUCAGGGAUGAAGAGGGGAGUCCUGAAGGAUUUUUUUCCUUGGAAUUCUGAAUUUCCUUUACUUCUUGCUCCUGAUUUUGCCUGGGACCAGCCGGAAUUCCCUCCUCCCCUGCCGUGCACUGUGCUGGAGAAACGAGGUGCCUUUUGGAGCAGAGCCCAGCUCUGCCUUCGGUCAUUUCCAGUCUCAUUUUAGUUCAAUUUUGCAAAGUUUUAGGCUUUCUUUGGAAUUAUUCCACGGUUUUUAGGUCCUUCCCACUCCCCUGCUGGACGCUCCGGGCCAUGCUCGCACCCAGGCAGGGAGUUUGCAGUAAAACAAAGGGGUUUUUUGGUCAUUUUUGGGGGUCGGGUGGUUGUUUUGGGGGGUGUUAGAAAGGAAAUAUCCAGGCCAGGGGGAGCAGCUGGGCAGGAAAGGCCAAUAUUCCGCUUUUUUAGCAAUAUUUAGGAUCUGGGGGGGUUGUGGCACCAGCGGAUGCCGCAGCCCUGAUAAAAUGGGGGGGGAAUCACCGAACCCCCACUUUUACCCCCACAAAAGCCUCAUUUGGGGUCAUUGCUGCCAGCCGAGGCUUUCCAGCCCCUGGAAUGCUCUGGAAGCAGGAGGAUCCGGGAAGGUCCUGAGCAGCGAGGCCGGGGGGCCGGGAUGGGCUCGGGGGUUUUAUAUUUCUUGGAGUAAAUGUUUCAAUCAA